ACUUCUGCGUAUUGGAUUCUAUUUAAAAAAUAUAUUCGAAUUAAAAAAGUUUUGUAACAUAAAGUUAUUAUAUUUUAUCAAUUUAAAUGAAAUAGAUUUUAUGUAAUUAAUUGUUGAAGUGAAAAGUGGGAUUUUGUGAAGUUAAACGGAAUGUCGAAUUUGCAAUAACUACACACAACCUCAUUAAAAUGAAUAAAUCUAUGGAAGGAUUUUGUUCAACUAUAAUAGUGCUCUUGGCGCUUAUCGAAGCAAUAAAAUCGAAUACAAAUGAAACUAUUAGCGCAGAGGAACGCACAGGACGUGUCAAUGGACGUAUAGUGAAACUUUAUUCAGGAGCAAAACCUAAUCCAGUUUUAUGUUUAGAAGAGGGCUUUAAAGCUGACCCAGUCGAUUGCACUGUCUUCUAUCGAUGCACAAAAUCUUUUAAAGAAAAAUAUACUGUUUUUAAAUUUCAAUGUGGGCCAGGCACAGUAUACGAUCCAGAAACUGAAGUAUGUAAUCACCCGAGUAAUACAAAACGAUCUGAAUGUGGUGGCCUUAAUCCACCGGUAAUGCAAGAAGACGAAAACGAAAUACAGGAGAAUCAAGAACUGCCGUCACCUAUAAAUACAACAUUACCCGUUUAUACAACUCAUAUAGAAUCAAGAAACGUCACAACAUCAAGCCCUAUAAUUACUACACAGAAAAUAGAUGAAUAUAUAGAUUAUAAGCCAAUUACAACAGUCUAUUAUCCAUCAUUAACAACAACUGAACGAGAAUAUUUAGACAAUUCUAAUGAUUUAUUGACAUAUCCAUGGACAAACACCAAAAAUAAAACUCAACAUGUAGCGGUGCCUUUUACAACUGUUUCCCCAAAUCAUGAGAAAAGUUUUCCGUGCACUUCAGAUGGAUUUAUUGGUGACAGUGAAAAUUGUAGAAAGUUUUAUAGGUGUGUGAGUGAUUCACGUGGAGGUUUUUUACGAUAUGAGUUUAUGUGUAGUGAAUCAACAAUAUGGGAUGACAAUAUACAGAGCUGUAAUCAUGCCUGGGCUGUACGGAAUAAGCGAUGUGGUAGAGGUGAUUUUGAGACUAAAAAAGACACUGCUAAUAGCGUUCAAAGUUUUAGUGUACCAAAUCAACAAAAGGAAAAUAAUUUUGAAUUGACUGUAAAUAAACAGCAUAUUUAUGACAACAAUGAUGUAUUUGACGGAAAUAACAUUCAAUUUGGUAAUAAAUUAAAUAAUGAUAAACAAAAUAAAAUUAAACAAAAUGUUAACACAUUCACAGGUUCUGUAAACCAAGAAGAACCCAAGAAAAAGUUACAAGAUAAAAUUAAUAACAAAUAUAAUGAGCCAGAAACUACCUCUACAUCUGGUCAGAACGAGGUCAUUAAUGAAAUAAGUCACUAUUCUACUUCGUCAGAUGCUUCAAACAUUAUCCAAGAAAACUCUACAACUAUUGAUACCGGAGAAAAUCAAUGUACACAAAGUGGUUUUAUGGCUGAUACAGUUGAUUGUCAGAAGUUUUAUAGAUGUGUUGAUAAUGGAAAAGGAAGUUUUACAAAAUAUGAAUUUACAUGUAGUCAAGAAACGGUAUGGGAUAGUAAAUUGGAAGCGUGUAAUCAUGUAUGGGCUGUUAAAGAUGGUGGUAAAUGUAGUGGAAAGUUAUCAGCUGGUAAUUCUAAUACUGAAGUUGCUACAAAAACACCAACAACUGCUAGUACUACUAGUGCUAUUGAAGAGGAAAAUGAUUUUGGCUAUGUAAGUCAAUCGAACCAACAACAUGAACAAACUACUACUUCGACAAUUCUCACUACUAUAUCCUUACUUUCAACAACUGAUAUUUCAAAAGUAAUAAGUACAGAAUGCACAUCAACUGGAUUUUUCGGAGAUGUAAAUGAUUGUCAGAAAUUUUAUAGAUGUGUCGAUAAUGAUAAAGGGUCAUUUACAAAGUAUGAUUACGAAUGUGGGCAAGGAAGUUUAUGGGAUCAAAACAUAGAAGCAUGUAACCAUGCUUGGGCUGUUAAGUCAUGUAAUCAAAGUACAAUAACGAAUACAACGCAAGUAACAAACGGUUAUGAUACUAGUACAACCACAACUGUAUCAUAUAUUCAACCCACUGUAGAUAAACAUAAUGAAAAUGACAAUUCAGAUUCUGGUUAUAAUCAUCAGCAAAUUGUAACAACCACUUUAAGUCCGGCCGAUAAAGAGUUAUUAAUAACUACAAUAAAAAAUCCGCAGAUUCAAAUUUGUCAAUCCAGUGGUUUUAUGGGCGAUGCUAACGAUUGUAAAAAAUUCUAUAGGUGCGUGGAUAAUGGGGACGGCAGUUUUACUAGGUAUGAGUUCUCAUGUGGUGAUGGUACUGUGUGGGAUUCUGAAAUAGAAGCUUGUAAUCACGCUUGGGCAGUUAAACAAUGCGGAGGAAAUAUUGAACUAAAGGAAGAAGUUACCUCUCCUGUUACGGACUAUGAUUUAAACAAUGGUUACUCGACUCAAAAUUACAACAAUAAUGACAAUUUAAGUACUGCUCAACAUUCAAGCAUGGAUUCACAAACAACAACUAAGCAAACAAUGUUAAUGAGCAAUUAUAGUGAAUGUGAAACAAAUGGAUUUAUGGGUAAUAAACUAGAUUGCAAAAAAUUUUAUAGGUGUGUCGAUAACGGUAAUGGAAAAUAUACUAAAUAUGAAUUUUCAUGUGGUGACGGUACUGUAUGGGAUCCAAAAAUACAAGCCUGUAACCAUGCGUGGGCAGUAGAAGAAUGUGGUAGCAGUAUGCCUACACCGACGACACAUAAUAUUAACGACGUUUCUGUAAGGCCUAGUGCUGAUACUACAUAUGAAAAUGCAAAUGGUUAUAGCUCUUCAACUCAAAGCACUACAAAGUUAGAUAGCAUGAUGUCUGUUACAACUGUGAGCAGUUCAACAUCAAUGACAACAGUUAUCAAUAGUGAAAAUGAGUGUCAAUCCAGUGGAUUUAUGGGAGAUAAAAAUAAUUGCAAGAAAUUUUAUAGAUGUGUUGAUAAUGGCGAUGGAGGGUUCACUCGACAUGAAUUUUUAUGUGGUCAAGGUACAGCAUGGGAUCCCACAAUUGAAGCCUGUAAUCAUGAAAAAGCGGUACAAAAUUGUGGUGAGAGUUCAGAAAGCCAAUUCGAAGGGACUACAUCUUCUGCCCAAACUCAAAUGUCAACAACAACGUCAUCUUCAACUCAUUUAGUAUCGCAAACGCAACAACCUCAGACGCCAGUGUAUUCCUCCACUUUAUCUACAACUUCCUUUAUGGACGUUAACUCAGUGUCUUCGGAAGAUAAUGAAUGUACAUCAGAAGGGUUCUUCGCUAAUCAGAAUAACUGCAAGCAAUUCUACCGUUGUGUUAAUAAUGGCAAAGGUGGUUACACUAAAUAUGAAUUUUCUUGUGGCGAUGGUACGAUAUGGGUUCAAGAAAUACAAUCAUGUGAUCAUGAUACAGAUGCAGUAAAUUGUAGUUCUUUAUCAAGCGUAGCUACUACAGAAAAACAUGAAAUAAAUAGUUCAACUGAGGAGAAUGAGCAAGUUUCAGAAACUCAAUCAAAUGUCAGCACAACAAAAUCAACUACAUCAUCAACAAUCGAAUAUACAAAGCCAAUAACCGAAAAUACCAAACCAAUAAACCAAAAUGGUUGUACCCAAGAAGGUUAUUAUGGAAAUACUGACGAUUGUAAGCAGUUUUAUAGAUGCGUCGGUAACGAUAAGGGUGAUUUUACAAAGUAUGACUAUACUUGUGGGGAUGGUACUAUUUGGGAUCAAGACAUAACAGCAUGUAAUCAUCCUCAAGACGUAACAAAUCCUUCAUGUAAAUCUGACCACGAAACUCCGUCGACAACAAUAAGCAGUAGUCCGCACUACACAAGUGAAAGUAAUGUUAAACCGGUAACUACUUCUUCAGUUCCUUUAACCUCAAGUGUUUCUCCUUCAAGUAGUAUUGAAACAAAUUCGACCUGUUCUGAUAAUUGUGAGAACUCUAAUAGUGCAAAUAUUACUUGUACGAAAGCUGGUUUUUACGCUGAUCCAAGCGAUUGUAAGAAAUUUUACAGAUGUGUUGAUUGGGAUAGUAACGGAGAAAAGUUUUCAAUAUUUCACUUUGAAUGUGGCGAAGGCACUAUUUGGGACCCGUCUGUCGAAACAUGUAAUCAUAUAGAUUCUGUUUAUCCACCUCGUAAUUGUAAUGGCACCUUACCACAAAAUGAAAAUAUGACUGAAUCAUCUUCAACAACGGAAAAAAUGACAACGACAACUAAUAAAGAUGAAACGUCUAGUAGUGAAUCUACUACACAGGAAUCAACAACACAAUAUACAUCAACAACACAACAACCAACGACAACACAGCAACCGUCGACAACACAGCAACCGUCGACAACACAGCAACCGUCGACAACACAGCAACCGUCGACAACACAGCAACCGUCGACAACACAGCAACCGUCGACAACACAGCAACCGUCGACAACACAGCAACAAUCGACAACACAGCAACCAUCGACAACACAGCAAUCAUCGACAACACAGCAAUCAUCGACAACACAGCAACCAUCGACAACACAGCAAUCAUCGACAACACAGCAAUCAUCGACAACACAGCAACCGUCUACAACACAGCAACCAUCGACAACACAGCAACCGUCCACAACACAGCAACCAUCGACAACACAGCAACCGUCCACAACACAGCAACCAGCGACGACACAGCAACCAUCAACGACAGAGCAACCAUCGACGACACAGCAACCAUCGACGACACAGCAACCAUCGACGACAGAGCAACCAUCGAUAACACAGGAACCAUCGACAACACAGCAACCAUCGACAACAGAGCAAUCAUCGACAACACAGCAACCAUCGACAACAGAGCAAUCAUCGACAACAGAGCAAUCAUCGACAACACAGCAACCAUCGACGACACAGCAACCAUCAACAACAGAGUCAUCGACCACUGAAACAUCUACCACUAUAACAUCAACAAGUGGGUCUGAUCAAACAACUUCUCAAACAAGUCAGGAACCAACUACAAAAUCGACCACGGACCCAACCACAGAAACAACAGUUUCGGAAUCUACUACUUUAUCAACAACAACAGGAUCUACUGAACAAAAUACUUCACAAACAGAAGCUCAAAGUUCAACAACAGAAGCGUCGACUACAGAAAAUCCAUCCCAAUCUAGUACAGAAUCUAACACAUCAAAUCAAAAUUGUCCUGAAACUGACGAAGAUCAAUAUUUAUUCGUAUGUCCGACUUCCUUUAAGCGACAUCCGAAAUAUUGUAAUUUGUUUUAUCAAUGCACUGAAGAUAAUAACACCCAUGAAAUGAAAGUAGCUACAUUUAAUUGUCCAAAUAAUACGAUUUAUGAUGAGUCUAAAGUUCAGUGUGUAGAAGAAAGUCAAAGUGACAAUAAAUGCAACGGGAAAAUUGCUCGAAAACACAGAGUGAAACGAUUGGGAAUUGCGGAUAGUGGGCCGAUCGUCGUUUCAAAGGAAAGUAUGGUAUGCCCAAGAGUCGGACAUUUCCCUUUUGAAAAACAUGAAGAAUGCUCAGCCGCUUUAUUAAAAUGUGAAUUGACAAAAUCUGGAAAAUUACGAGGAUACGUCUAUAAAUGUCCAGAAGGUUUCGUUUAUUGGGCAAUAAGUAGAAAAUGCGAGCCAUUAAGAAAACUAAGAGAAUGUAAAAAACCUUCUAACGUAUGGAAUAAACGAUACGAUAUACCUGUAGAAAAAUAUAAUGUUGCCACUUAAUGUUUUAACAGUGGGAAUUCGUGCAAUACUAAAAAGCAGUUGUGCUGUAAUUACGUCUUAUAAAGUAGAUAUUGAAACAACAUAUCAUUGUUGUUAUAUAGUUAAUAAUGUAUAAAUAUCAAUUAAUUCUAGUCUCAUUCUUAUUCUUUUUAUAAAACUAAUCAAUUAUUUUCAUUAAACUGCUGCCAUAUACAUUCAUGAAGAAUUGCAACUUGUGAACAAAAUAUUGUAGAAUUACAUUAUUUUGAUCACGACUGAUUAGCAUAAGAAAUAAAAUAAAUAAUUUAUUUUAU